GCGAUCUGCAGACCUUGCGAUAAGCAUACAUCGUGAGACGCCAUUCAUAUGUUUGCAUUGUUUGCAGAAUGACAUACUGUCUGCCUCGGAACUCAAAGAGCACUUCCCUCCCCAGCGUUUUUCCUGGUAACCUUCCGGCACUACAGAGUUUCUCUUCAUGGGUAAAGGGCGUUCAGUGUUCAAAAUGGCACCCCGCUUGUCAGGCAUGGGUCACGUUUUACCUAUAAAUCAGGCGCGCUCUCUCCAUGCAUCAGCACUAUCUAUUGGACGAUAUGCACCGUUUCCCUCUACCCGACGAACAGCCAGCCAUGCACAUACCAAAUCCCAAGAUACGACAGCAUACUUGAACAAUUUAGAACCCCCUCAAGCACAUCCAUUAUCGGGGUAUUAUCAUGACAUUCUUUCAUCUCGCUCCCCUUACAGACGUCAAGCAAGUUCCUCGCGUCCUAUUUCUAGAGGACUAGAUGAUGAGCCGUCAACAUCUUCGAAAAAUGAGCCUCACUCGCCCCAGGAUAAGAUGGCUAUUGUAUUUGGCACUCGUCUUGCUGGCCCCGGUCGCUCUUCACGGUAUAAUCCCGGUGCGACGCCAUCAGAAUCUACGUGGAAAACUAUAAAUGGGGUUGCUAUACCACCGAGGCCAGAGGAACCUGACAAUUGCUGCAUGAGUGGGUGUGUACAUUGCGUCUGGGAUGAUUUUCGUGAUGAGAUGGAAGAUUGGGCGGCGAGAGUAGCGCAGGCUAAGGCCAAAGGCGCUUCGAAAGGGCCGACUGGGGGUUUGCUCCACACUCCCAGGGCGGAGGUUGCUUCUGCGAGCACUAGCAUGGAUGACGAUGGAGGCGGGAGUGAGACAAAGUGGACUAUCCCCGAUCAGGCAGACGAUCUGUUUGCCAGCAUCCCAGUUGGGAUUCGAGAGUUUAUGAAGACGGAGAAGAAACUGAGGCAAAAACACCAGCACUAUGAAGGAUCAUGAGCAUUGACUUAUCAUUAUUUUUGGUUUUUAUUUAUUUCUUUCUUUCUUUCUUUCUCUUCUUU